GAAAAUAGUUGAGAAAAAAAAAUCUAGAACCUUCUGCCGUCCAGCCCACAGAAUCCACCAACCUGCGUGCCCCGGCACCCCACGGCGCCACUGCCAUCUCCGGGAAGGAACCCCUGGGAAAGGAAUCGGCGCUGCGGCAGCAGAAAUCCCGCGGCGGCGGAGUGAGGGAGCCAAUCCCACGGCGAGGGGAGGGUAGGAGAUGUGGUGGGAAUGGGAGGGCGGCGGCGAGGAGGCGGCGCGGGAAGAGACACCCGUCGACUUCGACUUCAUCUCCCUGCUCGCCAAGCCCAAGGAUUACUACAAGAUAUUGGAAGUUGAUUACGAUGCGUCGGAGGAGACAAUCAGGUCCAGCUAUAUCCGGCUUGCGCUGAAAUGGCACCCUGAUAAGAAGCAGGGUGAAGAAAAUGCAACCUCCAGAUUUCAGGAGAUUAACGAAGCGUACCAAGUUCUGAGUAAUCCUGCAAAAAGGCAACAGUACGACAAGAAAGGCAUUCUAUAUGUUCAAGAUCAGAAUGUAGCGGACUACCUGAACCGGCACAAGGGUUUAAUACUCACCUGCAAUGGCCUUGGCAUAAGGUACUCGGUAUGGUGAGCAUGUUCAGAGAUGCCACGGUCUGCAUCCACCUGCAAUCUUGGUUGGUGUCUAAUUGUAAGAUACCGUCUAGUAAAAAAGGAUAUGGUAUGGCAGUACCAUUUUUGGGGAGCUAAAGAUGGAAAGCUUGAGUUCCUCUUACAACAAAGUUGAUUUUAUUUGUUGAUCAGCUGUUGUUUGAUUGCAAGAGGCAGAUAUGUUCCUGUAAUCCUGUUGCUCCCUGUAUGUAAGACACUGUUCCUAACCUAUGCAAUGUGAGCGUCUGUUCCUGAAGAAUCGAGAAUGUCUUCGCCUUGGCAUUUUCUGUUGACGAAGUGGGGUGGUAAAACGCAUGCUCUUUCCCAGAAAAACUUGUAAUUCCUUGGUUACUGUCUUACCGCAGUAUGUAUCCAUACCCACGUUAUUGCA